AUGGCUACUCUGAUUAUGCAUAAGUAUGAAACUGCUAAAGAAGGGCUGAGAUCGAAUGAUAUAAUCCAGUAUAUGCGUAUGGUACAUGGAGUUGAGAUAUCCUAUUCUUUGGCGUGGGAUGCUGGUGAAUAUGCAAUCAACGCAGUGAAAGGUAUUCCAGAGAAAGGUUAUGAACAAAUUCUUAAAUACUUGCACAUGAUGAAGGAAGCUAAUCCAGGGUCACACAUGUUUUAUGAAAGGGAUACCAAAGGGAGAUUCAGAUUCCUCUUCAUCUCGUUUGGUCAGAGUGUUCGCGGUUUCUAUGCUGCAAUUCGAAAAGUUAUUGGGGUGGAUGGGACGUUUUUGAAGAGCAAAUACAAAGGAGUAUUACUAGUUGCUACUGCAUUAUAUGGAAACUCGAGUUUAUAUCCUACUGCCUUUGGAGUUGUCGACUCAGAGAAUGACCUCGCGUGGAACUGGUUUAUGAGACAACUUAAUGCGGUCAUUGCUGACGACCAUAGUUUAGCUUUUGUGUCUGAUAGGAAUUCCUCAAUUGCUAAAGCUAUUGCGAGAGUGUACCCGCAAGCUCAUCAUGGAAUUUGCAUUCACCACUUGCUGAAUAAUGUUAUAACAUAUUUCAGCGGGAAAGGUGUGGCUGGUUUGGUUGCAAAGGCUUCUAAAGCUUAUCAAGCUGCUGAUUUUCAUGCUGAUGUGAGGAAGUGGGCUCGUUGUCAGUUUCCGGGUUACAGAUAUGAUAUUAGGACUACUAACCCUGCGGAGUCAAUAAAUGCUGAUUUGCGUAUGCCUAGAGAGUUUCCAGUGAUACCUUUGCUGGACAGCAUUAGGGAAAUGAUGACUCGAUGGUUUUUCAAACGUAGAACUUUAAGUUCUAAGCAUUCGAAGCCACUGACCAUUGCUGUGGAGAAGAAGAUUGACAGAAGGAUUGAGAAGGGUAAAACGUUUAAGGUCUUUCCAGUUAGCGAUCAUAGGUUUUUAGUUCAAGGUGACACUUUCGACAACUCGGUUGACUUGGUCAGACGCACGUGUUCUUGUGGGAAAUUUGAUCUGAUGAAAAUCCCAUGCAGGCACACCAUAAAAGCAGGCUUCAGUGUUGGAAUAAGACCACACACACUAACAGAUGACAUGUACACUACUGCCUCAUGGCGCUCGACUUAUGAAGAAAGCAUAAAUCCUAUUGGCGUCCCCGAAGAUGCAUGGAAAGUUCCAUCUCAUGUGGAGAAGUCAAAAAUCCUUCCUCCAGAGAGUAGACGAGCUGCGGGUAGGAGAAAGAAACGCAGAUACGAGACAGCCAAAGAUAAGAUCCGUUCGUCACAAGGAACUCAAGGCCCUACAGUUCGGAAAUGCAGUCGAUGUGGGAUUGAAGGUCACAACAGGAGAACAUGUGAUAGAGCAAUAUAG